AAAAAUAUGGUUUCCACUGUCACAGUCUUUUUUUACCUCUUUGGGAAAGUGGGCAGGUCCCAGGGGUCUCAUUGAAUUACGAAGCUCUCUUUAGAAUCUUCUGAAGAGGUAAUUCAGUCUCCCACAGUGCUUAAAAAAGCUCAAUAAAAACACAGGGAAUAGCCAACUUUCAUUCCAUUCCAGCACAGAGGAAUACAGACACCGGAACGUGGUGACCGGUGCUUCAGAGGGAAUAGGAAGAGCAUAUGCAUUUGCACUGGCUGAGAAAGGGAUGAACGUAGUAAUCAUGAGCAGAACUAAAAUAACACUGGACCAGUUGGCUGAAGAAAUAGUUGAUACCACAGGGCAGCGGGUGAAAGUCAUUGUAACAGACUUCAUGAAGGACAACGUCUUCAGUGAAAUCGAGGAUCAGAUUAGGAGCCUCGACAUUGGGGUUUUAGUCAAUAAUGUAGGAAUACUGCCCAGCUUCAUCCCCUGCAAAUUCCUUGAGACUGCACAGCUGGACCAGACAAUCACAACAGUGAUAAACUGCAAUGUGAAAACCAUGGCAAAGAUGUGCAAAAUAAUCCUUCCAGGCAUGGAGAGCAGGGGUAAGGGGGUCAUUUUGAAUAUUUCAUCUGGAGUUGCCUCCAUUCCUUUCCCCCUGUACACCCUGUAUGCGGCAUCUAAGAUUUUUGUGGAGAGAUUCUCUCAAGGUCUUCAAGCAGAAUACAAAGAUAAAGGGAUUAUUAUACAGGCAGUGGCUCCAUUUGGGGUCUCCACUCGAAUGACAGCAUACCAACAAACCAACGUAGUGACUCUGUCACCAGAAGAGUUUGUAAAAAGCUCCCUGCAGUACCUCCGAGCUGGAGACAAAACACACGGAAGUGUCUGUCACAUCGUUCUGGGCUGGUUACUGCAGUCUAUUCCUCUCAAAGUGUUCUAUGCAGAGUCUAUGCUACGCAGCCUACAGGACUAUGUGAAGAGGAAAACAGCACUGAAGGCAUCCAUCUGUGCAUCAACUGCAACUUAUGAAAAUGUUAAAAAUAAAUAACCAUAUAUUCCUUCCUUUAACCAUGAUAUUUCUGUAAAUCGAUUAUGAUUACGGAACUAGUGUUGACAAACCUAUGUUUUCUGUUUUUUAAACAGUGGAGACAGUUGUAACUUGUGAACGUCUUAUUAUUAAUAUUAUUGGUUACUUUACAGCAGUACUUUUUUGUAAAACUGUCGGUAAGCCAUCCUCAUGAAAUCUUCUUCAUUAAUGUCAAUAGUUCUUCAGUUUCUAAGGAUUGAAGGUAUUUAGGCAUCUGCUCUUUAUUCCACAUAUACAUCUAUUGAUAUUACACUCUUACAGUAGAGAAUAAUACACUACACUAUAUAAGUUACAUUUGAUUUAUAUUAGUUUAAUGGAAUUUACUCUAAUGAUGCAGAUUCAGUGUUUUUUAAGAUAAGUGUGAAACAUUCUUAGUUUCAGGUGAUAAUACAAUAUUUAAAUAUUAUUUUACAUUUCUGUCGAUAAGUUCCCCUAAAUCUUGUGACCUCUGUAGAGGCAGACAAAAACUAUUGUGUGUGUCUGUGUCUGAGUCUGUCUGUUUGUCUGUUGUUACGACCCUGGGUCGUUAGGUCAUUUGUGUGUAUA